CAGCAGCGGCGCACUGUACACCCACCGCCUGCUCACACGGCCAGCCAAGCGGCGCUGCUGCAGUCGCAGCCAACUCAACGUGUGUAAGUGUUGCAGGUUCCCGUGUCAAGGUUCACAUUCGCCCUGUGAUCGUGCGGCCAGGCAGCCCCGGGUGCCGUCUGUGUGCGGCUGGGUCUGUGUACCUGGUCUGGCUCACAGUACAGCCCGACACUGGGGAUACUCGCGGUGGAAAGUGAAGGAGAGGGGUCCUUUGGGUGCCAAUCACCUGGACAUUGGUAAGGAGGCUGCCUGUUACCAGUGCCCACCAGAAUAUCGCUCUCUGCUAUACCCACCUCACCACACCCCCCACCCAUCUCCCCCAUCCUUACCAACUGUUGCCUCAAGUAUCAUGGAGUCUGAAGAGAAACACCUGAUGGAAACCAGGGCAGAUCGCAUUGCCAGGUACAGGGAUGAGCGGCGGAGACAGUUGGCUGACAGAAUUGGGAACCUCAAUGAGAAGGUGACAAUUAUUUCUAGAUGCUCGAGGAAGGAAAAGGAGAAUGAACCUUUUGAGAAGGUGUAUUCUGAAUCAGAGGGCUCGUUGAGCAAGUCAACUCUACAUGUACCUUUCAAACUUUGGAGAGCAAAGGACACUGCGAUGUCGAAAGAGGUGCUUGUGCGUUACACCAGUGGGAAGUCCAUGGAAAGAAUGGGCUCCCUGUAUGUGCAACAGCAGAAUAAUAUGAAUGAAGAGUUGGCAGCAGAGAGCAAACUAGGUGAUUCCCACCUUCAUGAGAUAGAGGUUUGCAGCAAGGAAAAUGUGGCUGAUGCUUUGGGCAAACCUCUCACUCUCCCACAGAGGUUUACUAUUCUUGAGACCCAACUCGUUGGUCUCCCCCCAUGGGCCAGUGGUGACAGGGCUAAUGACAGAGCCAGCACUGGGCAGGCAGCGGCUUCCAGCUGGGAGAUGGGCCGAAGGGCCUGGCGCUACAUCAACCCCGGGCUGAACCGCAAAGCAUGCGAUCGCUUGAAGACGCAGCCCCUGACGACCGCUGAACGGUCGUAUGUGGUGAAUGUAAACGAGGACAUCAGUGAGGAGGAUGAGAAGAUGGAUGCGAGGUCAAAGCUGAGUGUGGCCGCAAAGAUGUCCCUGUUUAAAGAACUAGAGAAAACCCCCCCUGCAGAAUCUGCCUCCCCGUUGCGACCUCACAGCACCAAUGCAGCCCUGGAGCGCAGAUUGCGCCGGGCGCACGACCGAAGUCGUACACAGCCAGUAACGACGGAGGAGAUGGUGGUAGCACACAGUCUCCCCAGAGCCCGCUCGCCAAAGUCGGUGGAUGUGAGUGGACCGGAGGCCAGCGCAGAAUCGCAGGAAGUGGAGGAGAGAGUGGACGAGAACUCCAAACUGAGCCUGAGUCAGAAGAUGGCCCUGUUCGAUAGCCUGUGCCAGCCGAUGCCACACAAAGCACCCCAGCUGGAAGGGGCAAGCGAGCGCAGACAGAAAGGAUUCCGCUAUCGCACCCAGCCCGUCACCAUGAGUGAAGUCCCACUGUUCCAGGAACAAACGAAACAACGUCCUCAAUCGCUGCCCAACUCACAAGUACCUCUCACGGCAGUGGAAACACCAUCACACGUUGUACAUCUUGCUGCCCAGGGGGAGAAGCUGGAGCCUGAGACCAUGGCAGCUCUGCCAUUCACCAGCAUCCAGGGCAGCUGGGAAGGAGCCAAUGAGGAGAAUGGAGGGAUGGCCAAGGACAUUAAGGGAAUAUUGAGAACACAGAGUCUUGAUGAGCAGAGAGAUGGACGUCUGGAGUGUUGCAAUCUGUGGGAACGGCCUGGGGAACGUGUGGCCAGCGUAAUGGCAGAGAGCAGCUCUGUUCCAAUUGCUCUGUGCGAGGCAGGGAAGGAGCAACAGUACGCUGGCAUGGCUGGGACAUCCAAUGAGAUACAGAUCGCAAGCCUUGCUGGGGCAUCCAAUGAGAUACAGAUCGCAAUCCUUGCUGGGGCAACCAAUGAGAUACAGAUCACGGGCCUCACUGGGGCAACCAAUGAGACACAGAUCACGGGCCUCACUGAUGGGACAUCCGAGGAGCCGCAGGGAAUGGGAGAUGAAAGGAGACCAAUUGAGAAAGAUCUCUCAGAGGAACAAAAUUCCAGUGAACCACUGGAAGUCCACGAUAGGAGAGAAGCAGUGGCAAUUGAAAAAUUGGAGCCGUUGCCACAGGACAUUUUUGUGACGCCACCAUCCUCACCUCCAUGGCAACAGGCAGAGAGCAAACACUCUCCACUGUGGCAACAGGCCAAUGGGAAGUCCUCACCGCCGUGGCAACAGUCCAAUGACCAGGCCUUGCUACCAUGCUCUUCCGCAUCGUCACAGCAACAGGCUGAUACCCAACUUGCUCCACAGGGUCAAAUCCAAAUGGAAGAGAAGUGCCCCCCGGAUCAGUUACUGGAUGAGGACAAUGGGGAAGAAACAUCAAUCAAACUUGGAACAUCUCUUAGAGAUAGGCUGCAUCAGCUGAAAGGUGGAGAGGAACAGUGGAGGCACAAGAGCAGCAAGAUCCAGAGCAGCAUCUGUCUCCCACUGACAGAGCGAUACAGCCAUUUGCAGGAGGCCGAGGGUGCCUGGAAGAAGAAGGAGGAAGAUGAGAAUCCGAACUGCGCAGAGCAGUCACAAUGUUGGGACCCUGUCUAUUCCUCCAUCUAUUCCCCUGUUGCUAGACAAUGCCAGUACAUCAUAUGUUAUGACCAGGAAGCACUUUCAUUCAAGGUCAAAGCGGCGGCGUUUAAUCAGAGCGGCCCUGGGUAUCUGUGGAGACGAAAGAGGACAGCGACCGAUAUCGGGGGAAAGAUAUCGCUGGAGGAGCGUAAACAGCUGAUCUCUGUGAGCGAGGAGCAGUGGAAAAUGAAGGGCAAAGGUGCAUUCAACGACUCCACACAGUUCACCGUGGCUGCACGUAUGGUGAAGAAAGGGUUAGUGUCGACCAAUGCAGGAAAUAAUGACGAGGCAGUUAUUCCAUUCAAGAAGGUUGCCACAGCGACCAGCACACCGACCAGACCCCUCGAAGAGAUUACAAGUCGUUCUGAUGUGCCCCUGGAGAGUGAUGCUACUUUGGAUAGUUUGGAGACCUUCCUCAAUAAACUCCACUCCAAAACCGCCAGCAACCAGGAGACGACCAUCACGGUGACGGAACAAACAGUGAAGGAAGUACCGAGGCCAGAUGAUGACGACACCUUCAGUAAAUUCUACAAGCACACACCGAGCCUCCUAACGUCCACUGUGGUGCAAAUCGACGAGAGCUUUGAUGCCAUUUUUGAAAGCAACAUGCCAAAGCUGAUCUCUGAGGUGGCAGAACACAAGCGAGCAGUGAGACCCACUCGUAAAACCCAGUCGUCGCGCAACCCCCUUCGAGUUCUGGCUGCCCGAGAGGACCUCCGGCUGGAGUACACCGAACAGCGGCUCAACGUGGCCGCGGUGGAGGCCAGGAGGAUCCGGGCGGAGAAGAUGGCCAAACACUCGAACUAUGCUGACGUGGCGUUGGCAGGGCUAACGAGCAAGGAGAACUUCAAGAACGUCAACCUCCGCAACGUGAAGAUGACAGAGCAGCCGUUGAGCAGCAGCAGCAGCCUCCCCUUCAGCAAACUGAUGCUGCUGCAAGUGAAGGGUCGCAGGCACGUGCAGGUUCGAUUGGUGGAGCCCCGAGCCACAUCACUCAACAGUGGAGACUGCUUCCUCCUGGUCAUGGCUAAGCACUGCUUCCUGUGGAUUGGCGAGUUCGCGAAUGUCAUCGAGCGCUCCAAGGCAUCAGAGCUGGCUAAUUUCAUCCAUACAAAACGUGAACUGGGGUGCCGGGCGGCAGCGGUCACCAUUAUCGAGGAGGGCAUUAACAACCAAAGCAAACGGACCAAGGACUUCUGGGAUCUCCUUGGUGGCCAGAUGGAAUAUCAAGAUGCUGGGGACCCUGAAGAAGAUGAGAUGUACGAAGCUGCAAUCAUCGAAACAAACCACAUAUAUCGCCUGGUGGACGACAAGCUUGUCCCAGACACGGAAUGGUGGGGAAAGAUCCCUCGCUGCUCCAUGCUGAGUUCAAAGGAGGUUCUGGUCCUUGACUUUGGCAGUGAGUUGUACAUUUGGCAUGGCAAGGAGGUGACGCUGACACAGCGAAAGACCGCGCUGCACUUGGGCAAGCAGCUGCUGAGCAGUUCCUACGACUACAGCAACUAUGUCAUCAACCCCCUGGACCCUGGUGCCACGAGGAACAUUGUCCAACAACAGGGGCGUCCCGAGUGGGUCAUUUUUGGUCGUUUAUCGCAGCACAAUGAAACAAUUUUAUUCAAGGAGAAGUUUCUGGACUGGGUUGAUCUGAGAAAACAGAACCAGCGGGAAGUGGAGCCCACAGCCGAGUUAAAGCUGGAGAACCAGAAUGAGCUGCGGGCGUACGACGCUAAGCUGCUGCUUGCAGCCCCGCAGCUGCCGUGCGGGACGGUGCUAGACGGGGUGAACGUGCAGCGGGGCUACGGGCUGCUGCACAUGGCCGAUGGCAGGGUGUCCGAGCUGAAGACCGUGGACGUGGCAGUCUGGCACGUUCAGGAGUUUGAGCACAGCGAGCUGUCCAGGGAGAGUUACGGCCAGUUCCAUGAGGGGGACACCUACGUCAUCCAGUGGAAGUAUACAGUCAGCAGUCUGGUGGCGAAGCGACAGACACCAGACCAGCUGAGCUGCUCCGGUUCUGGGAAGGAACGAUCUGCCUAUUUCUUCUGGCAGGGCACUCAGUCGAGCAUCAGUGGCAAAGGUGCCUCGGCACUGAUGACUGUGGAGCUGGGCAAGGACAGAGAAGCACAGGUGCUUGUGUCACAGGGAAAGGAGCCGCCCUGCUUUCUGCAGCUGUUCCAUGGUGGAAUGAUCAUUCACUCUGGCUGGAGGGAUAAAACAAGAACACCACAAGGUAUCUGGCGACUGUACUCGGUGCAGGGAGAGGUUGCGGUGGAGGGCCGUCUCCUGGAAGUCGAGUGUGACUGCAGCAGUCUGCGCUCCAGGGCUUCGCUGGUGCUAGUGAACACCCAGCAAGCGCUGGUGUACCUCUGGCAUGGCUGCAAGUCGCAGGCCAACGUGAGAGAUGUCGGCAGGAAUGCAGCCAAUAUGAUUAAAGACCGAUCACCCCAGGAGCUGGGGGUGUGGAGCAGGAUGGAGGUGACAGUGUGUGAGUUGGAUGAAGGUUCAGAACUGCCAGAAUUCUGGCACGCACUGGGGCAACCAGAUCGGAAAGCGUAUGACUGCAUGUUACAAGAUCCUGGGAAGUAUAACUUCACCGUGCGACUCUUCAGGCUGACUGCCUCCUCAGGGGAGUUCACCGUGACAGAGCAGCUAAGUCCCACCCGCAUCUCCAGUGGUGUCAUGGCCAUGCCAUUCUUACAGGAGGAGCUCUACUCUGUCCCUCAGCCAGCUUUAUUCUUCCUGGACAACCGGUUUGAGGUUUACCUCUGGCAGGGCUGGUGGCCGACGGAAAGCAAGAGCACGGGCUCGGCGAAGAUCCGGUGGGACAUGGAGAGACGGUGUGCCAUGGAGACGGUCCUACAGUAUUGCACAGAAAAGAACACAAAACGACCUCCCAAAGCUUACAUGGUUCAUGCCGGCACAGAGCCGUUGACCUUCACAAAUAUCUUCCCACGGUGGGAAUACGAGAUGAAGGAUAUACAAGAGGUGGGGCAGGACGGCAGCAGCAAAGUGCUCUUGGUUCAGGAUGCUUUACUGAGGCUUUGUAAGACGCAGUACUCACUGGAGGAGAUUAUGUCCAGACCCCUCCCUGAAGGAGUUGAUCCACAGAGACUAGAAACCUACCUAUCAGAUGAAGAUUUUCAGAAACUUGUGCAAAUGCCGAGGGAGGAAUUUUACAAGCUUCCUAGUUGGAAACAAGUGAAUUGGAAAAAAGUCAAAGGCCUGUUCUAAGUGGACGACGAUACCCUUACCCUGGCUUUUCCAGGAUUGUUUACAAUUCCGCCCUGGCUCACCACAUCAGAUCGCCACUUGCCAGCACAAGUGUAGCACGAGCAAAUGUGCGACACAUUCAUAACUUGUUACAUAUCACUCUCCUAUGUACUGAAACUCUGUAUGAGUGCACUAGAGAAGAUCCUUGUGGAUUGGUUGUGACUGUUGAUCUUGUUGACCCCUUCACCAUCCCGUGCCAACUAAUGUCAGCACCAGCCUCCUGUGCUGGGGUUGGGGAGUCUGAUCCCUGGGUUGCCAAGGAGCUCAAAUUAAUUUCCAGUAUACGGUAUUAACCGGAGAGAAAGAACCACAGGGGAAUUAUAAAGCCCCUGUCCCACUUUCCCGAGUUACUCACAAAUUCUCCCGAGUUUUCCCCUUGAUUCAAACUCGGAGAUGCCAGCCGCAGGUACUCAGGGCUAUUU